CUGUUCGUGAGUAUUAUGGUCUGUCGGGAAUUCAGAGUGGCUGGGACUGGAGAAAAAUAUCUGCUUUGCUAACGUUAGCGUCCAACAAGCUAACGGUAGGUAGCACUGGAGUAAACAUGGAGCUGUCUGCCGUCGGGGAGAGGGUGUUCGCUGCCGAGUCUAUCAUCAAACGGAGGAUAAGGAAGGGUCGGAUUGAAUACCUUGUGAAAUGGAAGGGCUGGUCUCCCAAAUACAGCACUUGGGAACCAGAAGAGAAUAUUUUGGACUCGCGCCUGUUUGCUGCCUUUGAGCAGAGGGAGCGUGAAAGGGAGCUCUAUGGGCCCAAGAAGAGAGGACCGAAACCCAAAACAUUUCUGCUCAAGGCUCAGGCUAAAGUUAAAGCCAAGUCCUAUGAGUUCAGGAAUGAGGCGGUUCGAGGGAUGCACAUCACCUACCCAACCCCAGAGCCAGUUGUCACCCCGAGGGCCAGGGAGGGCCUCAGAGCUGUUGUUCCUACCAUCUUCCCACCCAGUACCGUUAACCGUGGAGAGAGCGUACGUGUCCGACCAUCAGAACUGUGCUCCCGUGAGCUCCAGCAGCCUUCUCUUCAACAAAUCAGUCCAGAUGGACUCACCCAUGUACCCAAAAAAAGAGGCCCAAAGCCUAAGCCCCGCUUCAAGGACAGCAGCUGUGGCCCUGUGGUGUCUGAGCCACACAAGAGGAGAGCGGAGGAGCAGGUGAGCCACAUCCCUCACAAACUGGCUAAGCUCCAGGGUGGUGAAGAGAUGAGGCUGUCCCACAGACACCCAGAGAAUCACGGUCACAGUCAUAAGCACCACCAUCACCAUCACCACCACCACCACCACCAUCAUCACACACAAAACCGGGGAAUCUCCAGUGGAAGCUCCUACAAGCAGUUCUACGCAGACCGCAGCCUGUAUCCACACAGAACAGACUUGGACACACACAGGACUAAGGACAGCUCCAGCUACCUGGCACCCCCACUCUUCAAGCACCAGUCCAAAAUGAGCCAGAGCCCGAGUCGCCCUGCAGAACUUCCACAGAUGGAAAAGCCUUACUUCUUGGACAGGCCGUCCCCAACCAGGCUUGACGUGGACUUGGAUGAAGUGACGUGGAGGCCCUCUCUCGGCAACGUGGAAAAGGUCCUGGUGACCGACGUGACCACCAACUUCCUGACCGUCACCAUCAAGGAGAGCAGCACUUCCAAAGGCUUCUUCAAAGACAAAAGAUGAUUGCUGACUGAUUUCUUUAUGCCACACUUUCCCUGCUGCUUUCCCUGACUUGUAACAGGAUCAUUUUGAAGUGUCAUCGUUAGGCAAAGCAGUUUUUGUAUGUAAUGUAUAAUAGCAAAUUACAUAAUGUGCAUAUUUGUAUAUAUUAUAAAGUUGGACAUAUGUUCAAUGUAUUGACCAAAUCAAAUGAAGUCCAUUUCACAACUUGCAUUGGUUAAACAUGAAAAUGAGUUGCAUGUUUCCUUUGCAGCAGCUGGCUACUAUCUGUACAGAGCUUUUGAAUUUUACUAUUUUGCAUCUGAAACUAACUAGAUUGUAUUUUUUCACUCUCUUCCAGCCUGAGCUCGUGAGAGAUUCGGGGCUUGGAUAUUAAAUCCACUCUGUGGAUGAAAUAUUUCUUUAUAAUUUGAACCGAUUAGACUGAAUAUACCCUGGUCACUUGUAUAGGGUGAAUAUUUAAAAAUUGACUAAAGCACUUUGAAUUGAAAAGUAUUAAGAAAUAUUCCGUUUGUGUCGUGUUCUCAGACCGAGUGCGUUUCGGAGUUUGUAAUGCCUAACAUUUCUAAUUGUGAGAUAAAUUAAUAAAUUCAAUACAGACACUGUGUGCAUAUAACUGCAUUUUCCAUUAACAUAGUAUAUUUUACAUUUUCAUAGGCAGCGUUCAUGAAGCUUUAACAAGAUAAUUUCACAGUUGUUGUCAAACUGCUUUUUAGACGCUUUUCAAUAAAUCCUUUGAAUUUUUCUCA